AUGCCUUUCUAUCUGCGGAAGCAACCGCUGGAGAUCCCAUCACCAACUGAAAAGGACUGGAUUAAAAAAGAUGAGGAGGAGGAUUUCUUACUGAAAGACCCUGAUGAAAUCCUUGAUUCAUUGCCUCAGCCUUUUCUGAUGAUCAAUAAAGUGGUGAUACUUUUGUUUGAACGUGCCUGGGAAAUUAUUGAGGGGAAGUGUCCGCUGGAAGAGACAAAGCAGCAAAAUUUCACUCAUGUGCUGUGCCAGCCUUCUGCUGAAUUUCAGGUAGUAGGAAGGGUGAACUGCCUGGCAGCCUCUGGAGGAUAUGCCUUCACUGGCCUUUCCACGGGACUUUCUGUCUUCAGCCUACCCCAGUGUGAGAAGCUUUGUGCUUGGGAGGUAGCCAAGCUUGAGAUUUGUACCAUCCAGGUUGCAGAGCUUGGCAGUGGUCCCAAGCUCCUUGGGGCAGUGGAUGAGCUGGGUUUUGCCCAUCUUUUUUAUUUUUUCAGAGAGAACCUGUUGCAUAUAAAAAACAUAAAUGAAGUGGAUGAUAUGAGCAAGCGAAGCACAUGUACAGCACUGGAGCUCUCUCAUGCGGGUGAUUAUGCAGGCUUCCUGCUGCAAGGCAACUCAGAGGCUUGGCUGGAAAUUUACCGAUUGCCUAAGGAUUCCUGGAUGAAGGAGACGGAACAUGUCCAAACAGUUACAACUCCAGUUCUGCCAUCUGCUCCAGGGUUCAUAAAGGAGACAAAAAUCAGCCAGCCAUCCUUAUUGGAGAAGUCUGUGGUAAGAGAUGGAAGAUGUAAUUCCUCUAGGCAGAAGAGUACAGAUGUCCCAGUAUGUGGCCUUGAAGACAUGGAUUUACAACAGAUGCUAAGUAGACUUGAAUCUAGGUUGAUCCCCCCUGUUUUGCUGUUGAAGGUCAGAUCACCCAAACUGCUCACAGCAAGCCAAUUUAAGAAUCCCUUUGAAGCCUUAAUGAAGAGUGAUGAUGGCAGUGGGAUUGGUUUGGGACAUAACCACAUGAUCCGAGAGUGCCAGUUUGAGCAGCAGGAAGCUAUUUUUAACAGUGCUUUUCAGCAGUUCCUGGAGAUAGAGAAUGAUCUGGAUGGCAAAGAGGCAAAGCACAGCCACACUAUGUUUCAUUUCCAUUUGCCUGGCCACACCCUGCCUGCUGGACCUGAAAACAAAGCUGAGCCAGAUGUGCCUGUUGCAUUCAGUGUUCAUUGGAGCACAAGCCACAAUCUCUGCUUCUAUCUUCUCAGUCGUCCACCAAAGGAGAAACCAGAUUCUGAUCCAAAACCAGAUGUUGUUUGGCCAUGUGCUGCUGUGAUUACAUGCUCAGCUGUCACGCCUUGCUCUUCUUACCUGGCUUUCGCCUGUGAAGACGGGGCCAUUACUGUUUGGGACAAAUCUCUUGGGUUCCCAUUGGGUGUAACUGUGCUUCCAGAGGGAUAUGUUAUACGAAGCAUCCAGUUCAUGCCGUGUUCACCACCACCUGGCAGGAAAACAGCUUGCUCUAAUAAGGCCUCUGCUUGUACCAAAGUUCAGCUUCUGGUGUUGUGCACAGAUGGCUCUCUCCACCUGAUCACAGCGGGGGCCAAAGAAUUUAACACCAAACUACUGGGAUACAGGCCUCAGGCUCCCAGCCAGACAAUCAGUGCUGUGGCAGCCCUUUCAGCCUUUCCUGACGCAGUGCUGAUUUUCUUCUGGGAUGGUAUCAUGAAUCUGAUGGACACUGCUACACAAGAGAACGUGUGCCAGUUCAUCCUUCCACCCUCAUACAAAGUAGCAUCUCCUUGGCAGCCAGUUUUUUCUGUGGACACUGAUGACCAGUACUUGAUCCUCCGAGGGGAUGAGCAAUUUGGGGGUGUUAAGGCAGAAACUGAAACAAUCUUCCUCUUUGACUUCAAGUCUUACUCAUUCAUGGAGACUUUUGCAAUGAAAGCUGAGAGUUCAUUCAGCGCCUUGGCAGAACUGCCAUGGGACAAGCGCUGUGAUGCUUUCUUAAAUGACAACCUGCAGCGGCUGUCCAUGAUUAGUCAGCAGAUGCCUGAGUGCUGGAGCCAGCUGCAGGAGUAUGCAGGUGUCUUGUCAAGGGGAAAGCCAGAGGAAGCAAUGGGACAGCGGGAACCGAGCACGUUGCCUAAGAGUACUGAAGACACACAAUGCAUCGGCUGAGAAUAGCCGAGUGGAAGAACUACACAAACAUUCCACUGCUGUACCACCUCUGAUUUCAUCUGGUGUUGCUUUCAGAUAAGUAAUGCCCUUAACAUUGGAUUCUUGGCCUUACACAGAAACAGUAUAUGGCAGAGCAAGGCCUAACUUCCCCUUUAUUGCGCAAGCCUUUCAUCUGUGCCUGACCAUGAAACGGAAUGGUCAGCUGAAACAUACAAAGGGAGAAGGGGAUGGACUCAAAAGCAGCACAUGCAGCUAGACCAUUCUCUUCAUGAACUGGAAGUUUCUCUCCAGACGCACAAGCACCACCUAGCCUACUCUAGCCUCUUGGAGUGAAGAUUAUGUCUAGACUGUUUGUAGGUUGCUACCUGUGUUAGAGCUGGGUAGUGCUGCUGGAGAUGCUUAAUAUCCGCCUCCAUUUACCAGUCCAAGUUAAGGACGGGAACCCAGUGAAAAUAAUUCCACAAAAAUUGAUGUGGAAACCUUUUCAAACAAACCCUUCUCUCCCUUGCCCCCUGAGGUGGGAAUAAUUGCACAAGAGGACUAUACCACAUCUGUACCUACAGAAUUGAAGAUACAAAACAAGGAAAGGAGUAUCUUCCAUACCUCUGAAUGCUUCUGCAAAUAAGGCCUUUGUAUAGUCAAGCAGGAAUUGCUGGAGGUAUCAGCCACAUCAUAUCGUGAAUAGUAUGGACAGAAUUGUGGACAAAAUAAUUGCGGACAAGAGCCACACAUUUUUCAUGUCUGCACCUUUUGAC